AUGUCACCUCUGCGGAGCAGCUCUUUCGAGUGGCCUACGCUUGUAGCCAUUGGGACUGCCCAACGUGACAGCCUGGACACCAACACCAUCGCCGCUCUAUCCCUAGAGUCCAGCCAGCUGGCCGAGCAUCAAAUCAAGCUGGAUACCGCUGACCUGUGGCAGCUGCGACUAGUCAACCAAGUAUUGUGGGUGCCAGAUGAAGCCAGCGAACUCCAGCUACGUAUGUGUGUGUGUGUCCAUGCUAGCCUAACUGGCCACCGAGCCUCAGGCCCAACCCUGGACAGUUUGGUGCCCUUUUUUUGGUGGACUACCAUGGAGAACGACGUGGACCGUUGUCUGCAUUGCGCUAGCGUAUCUGGUGGUUUCAGACCUUUGGGGGAAGCCCUACACUCUGCCAUGCCAAAUGGUCUCCUGCACUGGGACUAUCUGUUUAUGGGAGACUCCAAGACAGGCGACAAGUACCUGUUCGUGAUAAAGUGUGACGCCAGCAAGCUGAACCAGGUCAUGGCUGAACUGCAGCAUGUCCUUGGCGCCCACCACCAUUUCACCACUGCUCGCUGUCCAUGGGCUAAUGGGACCGUCGAGGUGGUUAUGCGUCAGCUGCUACGCCUGUUUCGGGCAUGCCUCAGUGAGUGGCGCAUGGCGGCGACCCAAUGGAAUGAGAUCCACAUGGUAGUCAUGCUCAUCAUGAACCAGCUGCCCUCCUCAUCCCUUGGCGGCGUGGCCCCCGUGACCGCUAUGUCCGGCCGUCCAGCCAUGUCACCCUUGGACACCAUCAUUCUUCAUGUGUAG